AAAGUAGGCUAUUCCCGUUAAAACAACGACAUGGGGAAGGUUAAUUUUUAUGUUCUCUGGUCCUUACGUGAAGCACCCCGGCAAUUUAUCAGCAAAUCCAACCGCCUAUGCUACCAGGUACGGCUGCCGCUGCCAUUGCCCAAAGAGCUUGUUGUUUUCAGUCUCGGAGACUGGAAGUCCUUCUCUAGCGAGACAACCAUUUCGGUUGAAGUUUCGAUAAACCAGGAUCUGAAGCCACAGAAAAUUGGAACCCUUUCUUCUCAAGCAAGGUGUCUGAUCUGGGAGGGAGAUUGGAGACUGGAUCUUCUUACGGAAACAAUGGAGAAGGCAAAGAAAGGGAUGUAUGGGAAGAUUGUGCUUACUGUCUGUGGUGAGGUUAAGGCCAGCUUCACUAGCAGCACGCCACUGUCACGGAAACGCCUGGCCUCAGACUGUCUCAGGGGUCAACAGGAAGAUGUUUUCUCUAGGAUACACCACUGUGAAGGGAGUCAGGUGAAGACUCCCAACUCCUCAGCCUCAGAAAAGCAUGUUACAUAUGCAGACCUCAAAUGCAGCAGGGGUUCAACAGUAGGUUCCCCAUUGCCAAAAAAGCAGUGUGUGUGGCCAACGGACAAGACUCCCAGACGGACAGUGAUUGGGAAGAGAGGUCAGCUGACGUGGAGCUCAGAGGAGCUAGGCAGCUCUCAGGAUUCCACUUGUGUGUACAGCUCCAGGAAGAGGAAGAUGAGCCUGGGGACCGAGAUGCUGAGUGAUGAGGAUAUGACAAUCCUGAAGCUGAAGAAAAAGUACAGAGCAGUCUGUCCCUCAAAGCGCUGGUGUCAAACCAUGUGUCUGAGUGACCCGGAAACAGCCAUCCUGAUUGGAGGAGAGGCCAGCGGACAUUCUCGCUGCAGGGACUCAAUCUGGAAACUGGAGAUAGAAAACAAUUUCUGGUUUCCGAUGGACUCCUCUACCUCUGGACCUGUUCCGCCCUGUUCCCGUGGCCACUCUGCGACCUAUGACCCCGAGUCCAAGGCCAUCUAUGUGUAUGGCGGCCUGACAGAGGGCCAGCGCUAUGGUGACGUCUACAUCCUCAACACCCUGACAUGGAAGUGGAAGCUCAUUGCUGCAAAAGGUAGUGUACCGACGUUGGCAAAUCACAGUGCCACUAUCUACAGGAAGGAGCUCUUUGUCUUUGGUGGUGUCCAACCCAGCCGUGCACCCGGGGGAAAGACUUGCAGCAACACCCUGUAUAUCUUCAACCCUGAAUUUGAAUUGUGGUACCAGCCCAUUGUGGAAGGGGACAGACCUCUACCCAGGUUUGGACAUUCCACUAUACUGCUGUCAAACAAACUGAUGAUUUUUGGUGGAAGAAAGACUGCGGCCUACCUGAAUGACCUGCAUAUUCUAGACCUCGGAUUCAUGGAAUAUACAGCUGUGAAAUAUGAGAACAUGCCACCACUGCCCCGAGGGUUCCAUGCAGCUGUUCCAGUAUCAGACAACAGGAUGGUGAUCAGUGGAGGCUGCAGUGCUAUUGGGGCCCUGCAGGACCUUCAUGUCUUUUACCUGGAAACCAGCUCCUGGAGCUCAAUAGCCUGCCCUGCUCUCUGCUCCAAGCCACGUGCUGGUCACAGCCUCCUCCUGCUCAAAGCCAACGACAAGGAGGAGAUUCCCGGCCAGGUACGCUGCACUGUCCUGGUGUUCGGGGGCUCUGACUGUGCCGGAACCUUCUACGAUGACACUGCUGAGUGCACAGUUGAGAUCCCAGGGAGCAAGGUCUGGACUUCAAGAGAAAGCUAUGAGGGGAAGCUGAAUGUGCCUAGAAUGCAUUGAACUUCUGAAAGCUAUGAAAGGACAAGGCAAUCCAGUCUAGGGAUUUGUCCGGAUAAAAAACAUGGAAGACCAUCCCAUGCAAUUGGCCGACCCUUGGCGAGCUGCCACAACUAUAGCCAUUUCAGGCCAUUUCUGUUCAGUGCUCCCUGGAGAGAGGUGAUAUUGUUGCAAAAUGGGCAUCAGAGUCAUUUUAUUUGUCUGCUGUAUUUGUUUUAUUUUGUUGUAUUUGUCUUGGGGGGAGCAGUGUGGGGGUUGAGGAUCAUUUUUAUCUCUGGCCAGAGAAGCCUACUUUGAUCUACGGCACUUGUAAUCAUGAUACUACCAAUCUGUUCAGCUAUGAAAUCGGAUUAUAGCUGCAGCUAGUAAUGCAACAUGAUAGGCAACAAAAAGCACAUCAAGUGCUAUUUUAAUUUUGCUUUUAACUUUUUGACACUGGAUAAACCAACACAUAAAUUAAUCUGUUUCUACAAGAACAUUAGCAUACCUAGCUAUAUGAUUUUUAAGUUGUGUGCUCGGCCAGUAAAAUUAUGGAGACUGUCGUAUGAACCAAACCGGUCCCAUUUUUUCUCUUUGGUGUGUUGGGAGUCCCUUUCAGUAUGAACAUGCUUUGUCCCAACAGUGCCCUCCAUUGGAUAAUAUAUAUAAUGACACUGCGGGUUGGGUUUUUCACAAUUUGUACAAUAAAUUUUUGACUGUAGAUGCAUGUAUUAAUUGUUCAUAUUUUGCUUGGAGAAUUUAGUCACAAAUCCAGUGGUGUUACUGGUACUGUCAUUACAAACAAUGUUUUGACUGAUGAGGACUUCUGAAAAGCAGCACUUAAUAUGCCAUGGGAUGUACUUGAUUUCAGACCAUAUAAAUAAACUGGAUUAACCCGUA